AUGUCUUAUUAAUUUGGAGGAAGCUAACUUUAAACUUAAAGUGUACCAAAUGCAAAAUAUAAAACUAUGUUAUGCAGACAUUAUUUAGGUAUAAAUUUGACUAUGAAUAGCUACUAAAUAAUGUGCUAUUGGAGCUAAAUGUCAAUUUGCUCAUGGUACGUCAGAGCAAAGAUAAAUGAAUGGUAAUAUUUAUAGUAAUUAAGAUCAGAUCCUUUACCUGCAUCUGCUUUAUCAGCUAUGACUAGUGGAAUUGAAUAACCUAUCAAUAAACCUUAAUAAUCUGUAUUUUAAAGUAUAAAUUGAAGAAUUUAAAUUCAGUCCCUUGUAAAUACCAUGCUUAAAAUUAUUGUAAAAAUGGAUCCAAUUGUUAAUAUAUGCAUGGUAUUGAACUUAAUAUAAAUUAGAUCUUGAUACUUCUUAAUAAUCAAAUACAAUGAAUUUAUAAUAAAUUUAAGUGAUUAAUUCGCCACUUCCUUAAGCAAAAUAAGAAGAUCCAAUAUAAAUUGUAUUUUAACAUAUUUUAAUUGAAAUGCAAUAGAUAUUUCUAUAAGAUGUGAGUUAUAUAUAUAUAAUAUAUAGGAAAUAAUAUAAAAAUUAAAGAUAGCCUUUGAUUAAACUAAAAUAGGAAAUCUUAUAAAUGCUUCUGAGUGUAUAAAAAGUAUUAUUCAUGCUCCAGAAAGAACACAUGAGGAAAUACUUAAAUAUACAAAUCUCUAUAAUUAGGCAAUAUAGUAUUUUAAUCAAAUCUCAUAAGUGAAUUGA